AUGUCUUCCGACGAGAAAGUGGAAGACAUUGAUGAGUCAAUACUGGAUGAGCCUGUUGAGGGCGCAAAUGCCGUGGACGAUGAGGAGAUUGAUGAGUCGAUUUUGGAUCAUGAAAUGGAAAUUGAUGCACCUUCUGAAGCACACUCAGACGCACAAUCCUACACUCAGUCAGACACUAGCCCACCAAGAUCCGCAGAAGAGGUUAAGGAGGAAAAUUCCAACGACACUCAACCUACAGAUAGUGAGGAAAAACCCAAACGGGAGGAUGACUCUUCUCUCAAGGUUUCGCCAGACCUGAAAACACCUACCAAGCGAUCAAGGCGUUCUAGAGCACGACGUAAUGAAUCUGAUGAUGACAAUGAAGAUGACGACAAAGAUGAAGAUAUGGAGAUGGAUCACAAAGCGAUGCUAAGCAGUGCGGAUCGCAAGAUUCAAGUAGGAGAUGAUUUCCAAGCCCGAGUGGAUGAGUCACAAAAGGCUGAACAAGAACUUGAAAUGUCAGAUGAGGACGAAAGAGAACAUGUUAUGUGGCGCCCUCCUGGUGAUCUAGACGAAGAUAAACUGCAGGAGUUUUGCGAAGAUGCGAUAGGCGUGUACAAAUUGAGCUAUGAUCGGGAGUACGUUUUAUGGCCAAAAUCCUUGUAA